UCGCGGGUGGGGCUCUGCCCCGGUGCCUCCCGCGAGGGCCCGGGCCCCUUUAAGGAGCUCCACCCCGGGACGAGCCAGGGUGGAGCCCGGGGCCGUUCACACCUCUCGCUCGGCCCGGCCCGGCCCGGCGCGGCGCGGCCGGCGGAGCGCGGCGGGGAGCAUGAUCCUGCCCGCGGAGGGGAUGAGCGCGCCGCACCCGCGGAGGAGCCCCCCGUGGGGCCAAGGGAAGGCGACGCCCGCCAUGAGCUCGUCAGCGCUGCUGGCUGAGGGCCCCCUCGACCCGCCGGUGCUGCUGGCAGACAUCAAGACGGAGCCCCCCGAGGAGCUGCUGGCCAGCGACUGUGGCCAGCCCCAAGCCGAGCCCGUCGAUCUUUCCCUCAACAAGUCCAAGGCGACGGCGGCCUCGGCCCCCCCCCCGCCGCCCCCCGUGGCCGUGCAGUCCUCCCCGUUGCUGGUGGCUCCCCCCCUCCCCGCUCCCGCCACCGUCUCCAUCUCGCCCUCCGGCCUCAGCUCCACCUCGGCCAUCCCGGCUGUCCUCUCACCCGGCUCCAUCCUGGCCUCCACGCAGGGCAGCGGUGGGCAGCAGAUCCUCCACGUCAUCCACACCAUCCCCUCCGUCAACCUGCCCAGCAAGAUGGGCAACCUCCAGACCAUCCCCGUGGUGGUUCAGUCCCUCCCCGUCGUCUACACUACCAUGCCCACCGAUGGUGUCACUGCCAUUACUGUGCCCCUCAUCGGGGGGGACGGGAAGAAUGCUGGAUCUGUGAAAAUUGACCCGGGCUCCAUGUACCCCAUGGACAUGAACAGCGACAGUGAGGACAGCGCCUCUGAGAGUGGCCCAGCGCCUUUCCAGGACCUCCAGAGAGAGCCGGCGGCACGGGGGCAGCGAGCUGAUUCCCCCGACCUCAAGAAACGGCGUAUCCACCAGUGCGACUUCGAGGGCUGCAAUAAGGUCUACACCAAAAGCUCCCACCUCAAAGCUCACCGGCGGAUACACACGGGCGAGAAGCCCUACAAAUGCACCUGGGAAGGCUGCACCUGGAAGUUCGCCCGCUCCGACGAGCUGACCCGGCACUUCCGCAAGCACACGGGCAUCAAGCCCUUCCGCUGCUCGGACUGCGACCGCAGCUUCUCCCGCUCUGACCACCUGGCCCUUCACCGCCGGCGGCACGUCAUGAUGUGAAGGGGCUGACGUCCCUGUGGCGCCUGGCUGGGAUGGGAAGGACAGCGGUGGAAAAUGGGGGGGCAGCAUCCCCCUCCACUUCUCAGUGUGCGGUGAAGGGACUGUGGGAGCAGAGAAGCUGAGCUCCGCCUGAUGGCAAGUGAACUGUGGCUGCUCCAGGAGCCUCACCGGCACAAGAUGUAAAAAGAUAGUUUCUGGACUUCUCUCUUGCUCCCAUUUCUUCCUUUUCCUGGGCUUUUCCUCCCCACUCGAUGUCCAGAGGCUCCUUCUCCAUUCCUCACCCAGGAUUCACCCAGUAGCUGCCUCCAGACCUGCGUGUUGGCCUCUUCAGCCUCUUGCCUAUCUCCACUUCGUGUGAUCACUGUCCCUGGCUCCCCUCCCAGCCCUCGUGGCAAAAUCCAGGAGCCAUGGCAAGGACAGAGGCUGGGGGGGGGGGGGCUCUGCCAUUGCCCCCGUGCAAUAGCUGUCGAGCUGUCCUCUCCAGAAAGCCACUGCCUCUCCAUCUCCAGCCACUGCGUGUCCCUGUCGCAGCAGGAGAAGGGACCCUGGCACAUCACCUCUCUGCAUCACUGGGCAAGUGCUGGGCUUUGCAGGAGGGCCAGGAGGAAAAGAAAGAGCAAGAAAGAGCAGAAAAAAACCCAGCAGCAACCCACAAACAAGAUGACCACCAUCAAAAAAAAAAAAAAAAAAAAAAAAAAGGGAAACUUUGCGGAACGUGGAACUGUGAUUUUAUGAAGUUUAAAGAGGGGGUAGGAUGGGGUGGGGAGGGCUGGGGCUGCCAGCUCUCGGGUUUUUUGAAGACUAUGGGACAGUGGAACCAUUUCUAAGUUAAAAAGGCAGACUGUGGCCACA